CAUCUGUUGUAAUACCAAUACUCAUGUCAAUACUUAUUGGAUUAACAUUUAUGAUUUUUCCACCUUUAUUCUUAUAUGCAACAGAAAGUUUUAAUAGCGUGACAAUAACUUUUUUAAUUUUAUAUGGAGGCUUGGCAAUUAAUGUUUAUGGUUUAAUAAUUGUGAUCAAGUUUGUAGAUAAUUCUAUAGUUAUAAUUGUUAAUUUGGUUGUAGGAUGUUGUAUUUCUAGUUUAAAAGGCACUAAAAUAGAAUUUAUGAUAGCCAAUAUUUUAUGGGGAUUUGAUUAUUAUAUAAUAUUUUAUAAUUUACAAGACAAAGUUAAUCCAAUUUCUCUUUUACUUUUCUGGGUAGAUUUAUGGACUAUAUCUGUUUCUAUUUAUAUUGCCUUUGAAAAGUUAUUAAAUGGUGAAAAAAUUGAAGAGCAAGGAAUGCCAGAAUUUGAUAUUGAAAAUUACAGGAGGGUGUAG